GCGCACAGAGCCCCGCUGGAGAGAAGCUGAACGCUCACACCCUCAUUCAACAGGCACUGAGGACGCACUUCACAUGUACGGUUUCAGCGUGUUUUUCCUCCUUGUUUUUUUUAACUGACAAAUGUUGACUAGUUAGAGAAGAAGACUGCAGAGAUUCGAAAGGAAAUGCGUCAUCUUCAGGGACGGUGAUGAUUUCAAGUGGCGCGUUAUGGUGCAUAAACGCACGCCACUCUUAGAUUCCAGCUCUGCUCCUCAGUUCGUAGAUCACACUCGCUGAGAAACAAAAGCUCUCGGUUUGUUUUGGAGAUUAAGAGAGAAGAGGAUGGCACCUCCACAUAACGGAUCCAACAUAACUGCAAACUACACUAACCAGUUUGUGCAGCCGCCGUGGCGCGUGGCUCUGUGGUCCGUGGCUUACAGUGUGGUUCUCGCGGUUGCGGUGUUUGGAAACCUCAUCGUGAUAUGGAUCAUUCUCGCCCACAAGCGCAUGAGGACUGUGACCAACUUCUUUCUUCUAAACUUGGCGUUUUCGGACGCGUCCAUGGCCGCGUUUAACACUUUGAUAAACUUUAUCUACGCGACCCACGGGGAUUGGUACUUUGGGGAGGCGUACUGCAAAUUCCACAACUUCUUCCCGGUGACUUCGGUGUUUGCCAGCAUCUACUCCAUGACUGCGAUAGCUGUGGACAGGUGGGCUCAUUAGAUAAUGCAACAACAAUAUUCAAGGAAUGUUAAAAUCCUUUCUAAUCCUCGACCACCCUCAAAGAAGUCAUGAUAGAGCCAAGAUAAUAUGUGUGUUUGUGCAAAUACUGCUUGUAUUCUUGUUUUAUUAAAAGGACAAGUUAGUGUCUGAAGAAAGAAAGAGAAAUUACUAUCGCCUUGGAGAAUAAAUUGAAUAACUGGCUAAAACACUGAUAUUUCCAUCCAUCAUUUCAAACCAUUGUGGCCAUGAAAUAUCACAAAGACGAUAUUGUUGUGACAAUGAAAUGACAAAACCAGUUAAAUUGAGGAAAGACAUCAUGAAUAAUCGCAGUAAACUCACAUGCCAUCACACAUCUCCAAUAAUCUUCAAAUGUUGGACAUUUUUUGUCUCGCUUUUAUGUUGUUGUAUUUCCUGAAAUGUCAAACUUUUCUUUCAUUUUGAAGUUUCCUACAUCCUGAAGACUGGAAGUUACCGAAUUGAAUGAAAACAGUGAAAAGAACAAUCAGAAAGUAUAAAUGUUCAGUGAUCAGUAACCUAGAGAGGCAGGAGUUUUAACUUUUUUAUUACAGUUCACAAAAACCGUGAACAUCAGCAGCUAAUCACCUCUUGGUGGGCUGCUUCAGCUAGCUCGUUUUCAUCGUCUACCCUCCCUUGCUAUGAUGUUAAAAGACCACUGCUAUUAUGAUGCUGUAUUUUCAGAUCCUCUCAUAUCACUUCAAGUGGCUUCAUAUUUUUUCAAAGCUGAAAACUCCACGCUUGAAGAUUGCUUUGGAAACUUCCACUCUUGUGUUGAACUAAACCAGCUCAUAUUCAGUCUGAUGUGUUCGAUAUCAGUCUAAUGUACAUUCAACUGAUGGCGUGCACUGUGAGCUUUGACCCCCACAUCAUCUCAUCAGGCUUACGAUGCUCCCCCCGGACUCAAGUAUGAAUUAAUUUCAGCUCCCACUGGAGGAGAAUGUAAUUACUUGUUUGUGAUAUGCAUUAUUUUACAGGAAAGGCAGCUUCCCGGCAGGGUGGCUGCCAUCUCACACUCCACAUGCCUCUAACACACAUCCUUUUUUAUUUUUUCAUGGCCAAGGACACAGAAAUAGAUGCAGCAGCUUUGUGUGGAGUCCUCUCUGCAUUGACUGAUUAUUUGUGUGCCAACUCCCCAGAAAGACCCCCAUCCCCCUCCCUCUGGUCCUCCUCCCGCUCCUUUUUUCUCAAUGCCGUAACGCUGUCUGACUCUUGUUUUCUGCCACAUGUGAUCUCGUUAUUUAUUUCUUUUGCCCUCCCUUUGCACCUGUUUGUUUUCCCCCUCCUUCUUCUACCUCUUUCCCCUCCGCUCACUCCUGUGGUUUUCCAGUAAUGUGAUGAUGCACUCCUCACUAUCAGCCGGGCUUUGAUACCGAUCAGUGGACCGUCUAACGUCGUAAUGUUGGAAUAAAGGGAUUAGACUGAUGAGGGAGGCAGUCACAGGCCAAACAUAAUGAAAACAUAGAGUCUGUUAAAGCCGCAUGCAGGAGCAGCUAUCAUGUAGGUGUCACAGAGCGUUGUGGUAGUGGACGAGGUGUUUUCCCGCUCCAGUUCUUGACACACAGAGGACACUGCACUUCCUGAGGCCCUCAUUUCUCUUUGUUUAAUUCCCUUACACAGCGACUUCUUGUCAUUUAUAUAUUUGGUCUGCAACUUCCGUUUGAUUCUGUCAGCUGGGUACUUUGAAAGAAAGACCACAGGCUUGACCUCGGUGACGUAGAUGUAACCUUAGGUCCUGCUUUUCCUAACCCCAGUAUGCUGCUGUCUCCGCUCUGAUGUCUUGAAAUGGCACAAGGCCACAGUUCGUGAUCAUCUGUGGAUUUUUCCUUCCUGCUUGCUCUGUGUGCUGCCAGCCGUGUUUCCUCAGGCGCUGCGGCAAAAUAAACGCAGGUUACUGUGUGAAAGGUAAUUGGCCAAGCUUUAAACGUUUCAUAUCAUAACAAAGCGAAUGUUUUUUCCUUCCUCACAUCUGUUAUAUUUUAGUGUUGAAGAUGUGGAUGUGAAAAUCGUGGUAUUAUUAUUUCCUCCUCUAAAGUAAUAAAUACAUAUAGACCUUAAUGCCAUUUGAUGGGCGAACUGGAGUAUUACAAAAACCCCCUUGAGCCCUUUUAUUUUAUUUUUUUUAAGAAGCCCUAUUAUUAAGUCUUGAAAAUCUGGGAACAUAUUAGUAGAGCUGGGCGAUAAAACGAUAACAAUAUAUAUGGACAAUUAAUUUCCCUCAAUAUCAAUUUGAAACAUGGUUAAUAUGCUUUUCGAUAGCUGGCAUUCUGCCAAUGAAAAGUGUUGCUGGGAGUUGCCUCAGGUCCGCUUCGCGCUGAACCAAUCAUGUACUGAAUAAGAACCAAGUAACAAACAACUGCGUAGUAGCAGGCUAUAGCUACACACAACCAUAGCACUUAAACAUGUGAAGCCGACAGCACUGUCUGUGAGAAAAAUAGAAAAUGAGUGCUAAACAGAUGAUGACAAUGUCAACAACACUGGCAUUAAACGUUGGUGUGGAGGUAUUUUGUUUUUUUGAGGUCGGACAUGAAGCAGAGUAAUGUGCACUGCAAAUCAUGUCGAGUACAUGUUCUCAUAAAGUCUGGGAAUAUCUCAAAUCUUUUUCACCACCUGAAGCAGGGCCACGCAGCAGAGCAUGCACAAUGCGAAAGGUUACAAACCCCGAGUGGAGGAAGGAGCCCAUGGCGCCUGUGCAGCUGAAACAGCCGACCAUUCAGUCGGCUUUCUCUAGCGCAACGCCUUACGACAAAACGUCAAAGAGACACAAAGACCUCACAGAUGCAGUAGCUUAUUGUAUUUCAAAAGACACGCUACCAAUUAGCACUGUUAAAUUUCAUUUUUUAUAUUGUGAUAUAUAUCAAUAUAGACUGAUAUGAAAAAAAUAUAUUAGGGAUGGGUCCGAAUAUUCGGCGCCGAAAAUAUUCGGCCGAAAAGCAUCAAAAAUGAAUUUUCGGUUUUCGGCCGAAUAGAUGUUAUGGCCGAAAAAAAUCACCGAAUAGUGUGGAUAAACAUUGGUCUAGUAUGAACUCUCAAAAACGGAAAACGCAGACGGCGCUGUUUUACCUGUUUUAGUAGCAUGUUGAUGACGUAAUCGGAACGCGACAAGGCGCUCCCGUCGGGGGUGCAUUCUACGGCACAACACCGGCAUGCUGAUACGACGCACACGAUACGUGCAGCUGUCUUGGCUCGAAGCCGUUCAACCGGCAUGUCUGCGGUUUGGAAAUAUUUCAACAUAUCAGAGAAAGAUGGUCUGAUGGCAAUUUGUAAACUCUGCUCUGCUGAAGUGUCUCGAGGUGGUGUGACGGCAAAAACUUUCAGUACAUCGGGGCUAAUCAACCACUUGAGCGCUAAACAUAAGGACAAACAUGACGACUUUAAGAAACUCACUGCACAAAAGUUUGCACAAUCGUAUAUGCAUGCAUGUAAGUGCAUUUAUUGUUGAAGUCCUCAGGCCUGGAUUUGUGUUUACUGUUGCACAAUCAUGUAUAUGCAUGCACGUACCUGCAUUUAUUUUAUUUAUUUUGCAUAUGUGCAUUUUAUUUUAUUUACUUUAGGCUAUCCUACAGGGAAAAUUGCACUUUUUUGUAUUGUUAUUGCAAAGAUGUUAUUUACUUAAUUUUAUUUUAUUGAAUGUUAUUGUUAUAGCAUUGUUAUGUCAUGUCAGCUGAAUACAUGUUUCAUGGUUCAAACAUAAAGUGAUUAAUAUUUAAGUUUGCCAGGUUUUGCCAUAAUCAGGUAGCUUUAAAACAAAUGUACGGCAAUGACAGCAAUUGUACAAAAGUUGCUUGGUGAUAAAAAUUCAUAGUUUAUAUACAUAUUUAUUAAUCAUAUUCGGCUAUUCGGUAUUCGGUUAUUCGGCCAAGUGUUUCUUAUAUUCGGUAUUCGGUUUCGGCCAAGAUUUUCCCAUUCGGUCCAUCCCUAAAAUAUAUCGUGAUAAACUUUUUCUCAUAUCGCCCAGCCCUACAUAUCAGUGAUACUGGACGGCCGGGGCUCAUGGUAGAGCAGGCUGUAUCUCAGUCAGAAGAUUGGCUGCUUUAUCCACGUGCCAAAGUGCACCCAACUUGCCCCCAAGGUCUCGGCCUGCAGGAUAUUAAUGUGUAUGAAUGAUAAGUAGUGAUGAGCAGUAAGUUCCUCACCUAGCAUCCUCUGCUAUCAGUGUUUGAAUACGUGUAAAAGGGUAAAUGUGGUAUUUCAUGCAAAAGCACUUGGACUGCUUGGAUGACUAGAAGAGUACUCUACAGAUACUCCUGAUAAUUCAUGUAGUUUGCUGUGAGCUGUUUUCUUUGGAGAGUUGAUAAACCUGUGGUGCAGAACUGCUGUGCUGGAUUUUAGACUUUGUUCCUGAAAAGAUAUUUCGGUGCUUAACAUCUAAAGCUUAAUAAGAAAUAUCAGAAGUGGAUACCUUACAGUCUAGACAAACUUAAGCAGAUAUCUGCAUGGCUGAUCCCUGAGCUGAUCCUUUUACUUCAUGAUGACAGGGUUAAGAGGAACACUGAACACCCCGCUCUGCUGCAGAGACAUCAAGGCAUUGCUUCAUGUUCAGCUCUUUGCAUGAUGUUUGACUUUUACUGUGGGGAGUCUGAUCUGAGGUCAUCUCUGCUUGUUAAACACCACACUGUGAUAAAGUAGCGGUUAAGUUGGUGCUGACAGCAUAUUUUUUUGAUGUGGUUUCAUACAAUAUGCUGUCAAAGAAUCAUUGUGCAGCUCUAAGCAUCACAGGGUCCAAGGUUGAACAAAAAACACAAAAUGAUUUAUUUAUUUCUCUGCUGCGAAAAUGUCCAGCUGACGCUUCUGUAGAUGUUCUUUGAUAUGUAAUCCUGUUAGUAUUAUUCAAGUGUGGCUGGCGUUGCAUCAUGCCCGUUGUUCAGUGGAUAGGAGUCUGUUAGAUCAGUCACCCUUGAAUGAGGUCAUGGGAUCCAAAAUAACUCCACACUGCUGUGGCACAAACCUGAUUGGACAUCCAAUAAGCUGUUCAUUUAAAAGGCCUGGAGGCAGUCGGAUUAAAUGCCAAACAGCUACUGCUGAACAGAGGGAGUAUUUUUGUUGUUGCUGUUUUCAGAGAGAGUCAGAACUGAGGUGGCAGGACGGGCUGAUCACUCACUACCUCAUUAAGAUUGAAGCCUUUUGUUUCAAACUAUUGAAAAUCAUGUAUCAUCCUGAGCUCAUGCUCACUGAGUUAAUCUCCUGUCACUCUGAGAGCUUCUGUGAACAGUUUGAACUAAACCUCAUCACAGCUUUCAUUUCGAAGUGAAUCAUCCAUAAUUUCCCCCAAACAUUUAUCACUGCAGUACAAACAGACCUCUACAGGAUGGUGUGCGGAGAAUUAAAGGUGGGAUAGGCAGGAUCUGAAGAAGUUUUGGGGAGAAAUCUUGAAUGUAAACUCUACCCCUCCCAACCAGUUUUCCCCUCAGCUCCUCCCCUCCCUCUCUGCUCCAGCAAGCCCCGCCCACAAACAGACGCUUGUGUCGUUUCAAUUAAAUUCAGAUAUAAUGAUGAUUAAUACUUCAGAUAAUUACAAAUGGGGCCCAGUCAACGUGAAAGUAAAAAGCGUUGGUGCUACUGUAGAUGCCAACAGACUACCAGCAAACACAAUGUUUGCAGGACUUCUAAAACUAGCGUAAAGUGACAUACUCCAGGAUCCGAGGUAAACAGUGCAGCGGCACUACAACACGCAGCAGGUCCCGUUUGACAAGAAACACUUCCGCUACAGACACCUGUUUUACUUUGUUAAAGUGGUCUAUCUGUCCAGCAGAAAGGUUACAGGGUCUGUAAGAUCCGGAAGCGUCCCCUAUUGUUUAUGCUGAUGAUGACCCGGCUUUUAGCUCUUGUCCAGUUUACCUCCUUUUUAAAAAGCCGUCAUUCCGCCGGAGUCGCCAGUAUUUACUUCCUUUUCUCUCUUGUGUAGGCCAAAGGAGGAGUCAAACAAUUUUCCAUACUUUCUGGUUGGUUUCUACUGUCCGAUAUCGUAGCACGCUAACUUUGUUUGGGCUCAUGAACGACAGGGGCGAGUAGUGUCUCCCUCACAACCAAUCAGGUUGGGGGAGGUGGAGAAUGGCUUUGUUUACAGUCAGAAAGAGCGGGCCACUCAAAGAAAGAGUUUAAAAUGUUGACCACACAGACAUAACAAAACACAGCAAUAUUGUUAUAUUCCCAAAUGUCAUCAAUAACUAAUAGCUAGAGACUGAUAUUAAAAGCUUUUUUCGUAUAUACACCACAAAAAAGACGAUUCUUUAACAGAAUCCUGCCUACCCCACCUUUAAGUUCAAUAUAACUACAGGGAGAAAAGUUGAUGAGUGAGCUCACCUUUACUCUCGCUCCAGAUAUUCUCACAUAAAACAGACCUUUGAAGUUUUAUCUAAACAGUUAGUUUGUUUCUCUGGUUUGUAGUUUCUCCAUGUUGUUGUAUUUCUUCUCUCACUGAGCUACUUUUGAUUUCACUCUAUCCUGCAGGUACAUGGCCAUCAUCUACCCCUUGAAGCCCCGCCUGUCAGCGAAGGCCACUACAGGUGUCAUCAUGUGUAUCUGGAGUCUAGCCGUGGUCCUGGCCUUCCCUCUCUGCUACUUCUCAACUAUCCGAACUCUCCCCCGCAGGACCCUCUGCUAUGUGGCCUGGCCCCGCAUGGCUGACGACUCCUUCAUGUGAGAAGCAUUUUGUAACAGAUUUUUAAGACAGACUUGCUUGAAACCAAAAAGUGCAGCUCAUGUAAGUAAAAUAAGCAGAUCUAUCGCUCCUUUCAUGAACAGACAUCCCAAUGUGCUUUUCAGGAUGAGAUUGAAAGUCAAAUCAGGGCGACCGCACCAGACAUUUGAAUAUCGGCUGUAACACAAAAGCCAGUCAUAUAUGAUUGGGUUGCUGAAGCAGAAAAGGGAUAUUUCUGCUAUAUCAAGAAGUAGAAAGAUUAUAAUGGGAUCCUGUGAAAAUGAGUUAGUGUAUUGUUUCAAUGUUUUAUUGUCCCCACAGAUACCUACUGCUAUGACUGUUCAACAGGCAGCAUUUACAAAGUCUUUAAUUAUAGUUUAAGACCUUAGUUUGAGAGACAAACUUCAUGACAGAGCUGAUCUUUGGUACAUUUUUUGCAUCUGUACUUUAUCUAGUAUUGAUUCUAAAGACAAAUAUGACACUUCUGCGACUGUUCUAGUUGCUCUUUAGCCAGCUGUUGAGUUUUAUUUGCUUUCCUAAAGUCCAGAAGACAGUAGACUGUUCUUGUAGUUCUGCAUGUGUUCUGUCCAAGUGGGUGUUGCCGUGCCUGUAUGUUACUCAUCUUUAUUGUUGAAUGUGAAGUAAACGUAGCUCGUUUAGUGGUGCUAAUGAUGGUUAUAGCAGAGAAGAAGGAUGAUUCACCAUCUGGACACCCAUGGCCAAUUCUGAACGCUACUGGUUUAAAUAUUGUCUUUGUUUAUUGCACACAAACUUAAUUACAGCCUAUGAAAGCUCACUGUCCACCCAGAGAAAAAUAUCUAAGUAUGUUGCUGAACAUUACUUUCAUUCCAAACCAACAUAUCAAAUGACGCAUACGGAAACUUUAUUCCAAAUAUUGUUCUUUUUCUUCGGGAGCAAAUCUGGAAUCUUUGAUAUGCAAGUUAAAAAAUGUAUAAGAUAUUUUUGACAUAAUAUAGCAGAAUGCACAGCAGUGUAUUCUUGCCUGCACUCCUACAUCACAUCAAUUAUAAAUACAAUAAGGGAUAAUAAGAGGGAGAGCUGGAGCCUAAGCAUAAGUGGACAGCACCUGUGAGCUUCAGGAUGGCAAACUGAGCUGCACUGAUUUCACACCCAACGUGCAUCAUUCUCACAUCACAUGACAAACACACUCCAUCCUCCUAUUCUGGUGGUCGAUUCAAGCUGCAAGAUUUCCUGUCUUUCCCUCUGUUUUGUUAUUGACACUGCUUCCCUGCACUACUUCUACUCUCACACCUUGACCCCCAUCACCCUCCCAGCAUCCACCUGCAGGCUCCAGUGGGGGGUAUCAUCUCAUCAACCCCGGUUUCUUAUGUGUAAAUAGAUCAGUAAGGGGUGACAGGGUUGGAGCCUGAACAAAAACAAUGCUCUGCUCCUGAAAUAAACAUUUUAAACCACUGCAGCAUGAGAUAUCUGACUGGUAACUGAAGUGAGAAGCUCUGGAUUCAGACUGAGGUCUUCCAACUUCAGACAGCAUGAGAAAACCCUGACAUGGACUCAGUGCCCCCCCCAAGAAACCUAGUCUUUUCUUCGCUUGUCUGUCAGGCUAUCAAUGCUUGAUUAACGAACAUCUAUUUUUGAAAGAGAUGAUACACCCUCAAUGAACAACAAAUGAUUCAAUGAUUUUUUGUUGCAUGUGCUCUACCAUGGUGUCAAGAGCUGUGAAGAAGCCAGAUUGAGUCACUUUGAGAAACUGUCAUCUUUUAUGUGACGAGUAAAUCCUUUUCCAGCUCAACUUUCAGGAACACUUUACAAUAAGGUACACAAAAAUACAGUAGUAACUGAGGAGGUAAUCAAGAACUAAUGAGUAGUUACUGAGGAAAUUAGUACACAAAAUUAGAGUAGUUAUUGAGGAAGUAAUGAUAAACUAACUAUUAGUUAAUGAUCAGUCCCUCAGUAACCCCUGGUCAAGUUUCAAAGGAGUAGUUAGUGAGGAACUAAUGAUAAAGUACCUUUUAGUUAAUAUUAAGCUCUUUAGUAACCCCUGAUCAAGUUUCAAAGGAGUAGUUAGUGAGGAACUCAUGAUAAAGUACCUAUUAGUUAAUAGUCAGCUCUUUAGUUACCCCUGAUCAAGUUUCAGAGAAGUAGUUAGUGAGUAAAUAAUGAUAAAUUAACUAUUAGUGGUCAGAGUGUUAGUAACCUCUGAAAAAAUAUCAGAGGAGUAGUUAGUGAGGAACUAAUGAAAAGUUACUGAGGAGCAAAUGAGGAACAUAAGGGAACUAAUGAGGAGCAAAUUAGACACUGAGGAACCAACUAUUACUUAAUCAUUACCUACCUUUUUUUUUUUUAAGUAAGACAUCACAAGGACUAGUUUAUGAGUACUGAAUCAUUACUUCAUCAUGGUCAUGCGUAUCAUCCUGGACAACCUGGCACAUCCUCUCCAUGAGUUCCUAAUUAGUCCCUCAGUAACGACUCCUCUGAAAUUUGGUCAGGAGUUCCUGAAGAACUGAUCAUUAACUAAAAGUUAGUUAAUUCUUAGUUUCUCAGUAACUACUCUAAUUUUGUGUACCUCACUGCCUCAGUAACUACUCAUUAGUUCUUGAUUAGUUCCUCAUUAACUACUGUAAUUUUGUGUACCGUAUUGUAAAGUGUUACCUAACUUUCAC